AUGAAUUAAAUUGAAACCAACAAUUUAACUUUGAAUUCAGAGUGUCUUUAACAGGUUUUGAGUUACAUUCCAAUCAAUCAAAGACUAAAAAUGAGAGAAUUAAAUUCCUUUUUUGAUUAAGCUGUUUGCUCAACAUCAUUCCCUUUGCUUAUGGAUUUAAUAUAGGAUGAAAAUUUUAAGCCAAAAGAAGUGAACAACCUGUUAUCCAAGUUCGUCAAACCAUAAUAAAUUAUAUUUCCAAACCUUAAUGCACGAGAGUUGUAGGAGCUUGUGAUUCCAAAGGAUCUGUCAGAUUUAAUAAAAUUUGAUUCCUAUUUAAUCACUGAUGUUCCAUUGGAAUACAUUGAAAAAGUAGUGUCUGCUUCUCCAAAAUUAAGAUCAUUUGGAUUCAAAAACAGAAAUACUGAUGAUUUGAGCAAUGUCACAAAGUCUUUAUCAAAGUUAUCUAUUUGCGAACUCAAGGUUGGAGAAUGGAAUUAAUAAGUCAAGGAAAUCGUUAUUUAAUAAGCAGAUCACUUAAAAAGCAUUACAAUAGAAAAAGGAAAUAAUGAAGUACUCAGAGAUUUGAUUGCGUUGUAUAACUCAAUGAAACAUUCGAGCGUUAGUAAUAAAGAAGAAUAAUUAAAAUCGGAGUAAAGUGAGUUUUCGAAUAAAUUAAAUCUUUAAGAGAUAAGGUUUACAUAAUUUGAAAGUUCAUCCAAUUAACAUGAGAGUCUAGAGGUAUUUGAAGAAUUACUUAAUUAAUACCACUUGAAGUCUUUCCAUUUUGGGAUAAUCCAAGGAGAAUAUCAAGAAUAAUGUAUAUUGUUAUAAGAGAACUUUUUCCAACAUCUCAAAGAAAUUCAAGAAUUGCAAUUUGGGUUUAAGGAUUAAAGUUUAUUGAUGAAGGUGAAGCUAAAGAAAAUAGAAAGCUUAAGAUUAUCAGGGUUUAAAUUCGUAAAGGAGAAUUUCUAAUGGUUAAUGAAACAGGCUAAACUAUUUAAUAGGAUUGAUUUGAGGGAAUGUACCUUUGAUUUUGCAUUUACAGAUAGCAUAGAGAAGGUGGAAUAACAUGAUACUAUGGUGGAUGUUUAUGUAAGGAAGAUUAUCAUAUUGUAAGGUUAAUACGAAAAUUAAUGA